CCCCAGUACAACCACUUCCUAUUGCGUUGGGCUCUGUCUAAUGACCAUCUACCAACCUCCCCGCCCCCUCUUAAAAACAUUAAGUACUGGACUCAAGUAUAUCUAGAGACUUAAAAAGUCAUGUGUAUGGAUGCUCUGUGUACAUGAUGGAUUCAGUGCUCACCUGGUGGAUACUUCUUUCCUGUCUGUUCAAGCUGGUGCAUUUAGAGCUUCACCUAUCAAAGCAAGAUGUUGCUCUCUUAUCUAUGGAUAAGAACCCAAAAUGUUUCACCAAGACUCUAGAAGAUUUCACUUGCUUUUGGGAAGCAGCUGUUGGAAAGUCCUAUGAUUUUCUCUACAAAAUUGAUGAAUCAUCAGCAGAAACAAGAUGCGAUGUGAAACAACAAACGUAUGAGGAGAAAACGGUCCUGCAUAUUUGCAAAUUCCCAUCAAGUGACGUCUUCAUGUAUGUCGAGAUGCAGCUCAGAGUGAUAGACAGAGGCACCGACGCAACCAUCUACAAUCGCACUGUCAGUGUAGAGGAUCAGAUUCUUCCAUAUCCUCCAUUUAAUAUAUCCCUUCAUCCAACUGGUGAGGUGGGACAAAUGUUUGUUGAAUGGAAAAUACCAAACAUUUAUCCACCGUUUAUCCAAUCAUCCAUCUGCCAGUAUGAAAUUCAUUAUAGCUGCAAAUACACAUCAAACACAGUUGGACUGGUGUCAAAACAUUCCCAUAAGCUUGUGGUGUCUCUGGUCGCAGGAGAGAACUGCACAGUGCAAAUGAGGGUCAAGCCUGAAGGUGAAUUUAAACAGAUUUGGAGUGACUGGUCAAGUCCUGUAACAGCUAUGAUGCCACAAACAGCAGCUGACAUAGAGUUGCGGUGCCACACUCCAGAUCUGCAUCAAAUACUAUGCAAAUGGAGAGGAGAAUUAUACGAUGACGGCAGAUACAGCUUCCACUACAGACAAGCAAACAGUUCGUGGAAGUUGUGUUCCGAAGACAACAACUCCGUCCAUCGGUGUGUCCUGUAUGGACAAGAGUCCAGUGUCUAUCAGUUUUACCUCACUGUUGGACUGCAACCAUUUGGUCGAACGUUUUAUGCAGAGAAUUUCAGUAUGAACAGCAACAUACAAACAAGGCCUCCAGAAGGUCUGAAGGCACAGCCUGAGGAAGGACGGAUUUGUUUGACAUGGUAUCCACCCUUUUUGAAGAUCUCACAGUAUCUAAAAUACCAGAUCCGAUAUCAGCGUCAAGGAGAGACUGAGUGGAAGGAUUUUACAACACUCAGUUCAAAGACCAGCACUUGUAUGGAUGUACAAAGAGGGAGUCAAUACACUAUCCAAGUCCGAGCACGAACCAAUGGAUCGGUGUACAGCGGAGACUGGAGUGACUGGUCGAAACCUCUCACUGUCCUCUUACCUUUAGGCAAAGAGUGGAUCUUCAUUGUCUGUAUACCAGUGGCUCUGCUCAUCAUUGCUUCUGCAAUGAUCUUUUUCUUCUCCAGAUACUUCCGGAAGGUCAAAAAAUCCUUGUGGCCAUCAGUCCCAAACCUUAACAAGGUGCUGGAAAGCUUUCUGACCGAUAUCAGUGGAUCACACUGGGAGCCAACAUUCAACAUCAAGCAAUGUGAUGAUGACACUACUACAUCAGUACUGGAGAUUCUGCCCGAGAAAGAAACUUCAGUAAAAUCCUGUAAGAAGUCCGCCUGUCUUUCAAUCCCUGAUUGUGGCUUCUUAGCUGGUGUAAAAAAUAGGGAGAAUUUCAGAGAGGAGUUGGAGAUGGCUCAAGAUUAUGUCAUUUUGAACAAUGAUACAAUCCCAUGCUUUACGGGGAAUGACUAUGUGUACAGGGAUGCUGCUUUAUCACAUCUGGCGAAGGAAAAACUACACUGUUGCCCCAGUACCUGUCCUACUAACUUCCAGGAACGCAGCACAAAUAUUCUCAACCAUUCUUAUCUCCUUCUGGCAGAACAGUCAGAUUUUGAAGAGUAUCACUCAGCCUGUCGCCAGUAUACCAAUAUGGAGAUCACAGCAGUAGCGUUUGAAGCAAGUGGAGAGUGAGAAAAAAAAUUAAGCUCAUGAGCAUGAGGUAUGAGGUUUUGAGUGAAGUUUCCAUGGAAUGAGAGGUGAGGCCUGUGAGACCUGUUCUUUCUGAGGAACAGAGGUUUCACAAUACUAAGUAUUUAUGGCAGUCUUUGCAGCUCUGAUGUCGAGUACAUUAAUCAUCUUUAAGAUGGAACUGCACUUAAGUUUCAUCAUACAACAAACUAAAACAUUCAAUACCCAUUACUAGACAUGUCAAAUGUCAGAUCACAAGGCUUGCAAAAGCCCUCAGAAGAUAAUAUGAAAGCAUAAUAUGGAUCACUAUCGGAUAAUUCUGGGUUGAAUACAACUUUAGUUUACAAAGAGAAAACAACCAUCAAUGGCAUGUUGUCAAGUUCAACUUGCUCUCAAUUUUCAACCUCAGAUGUGUACGUUAACGGAUGUCAGUGGGUAUUUUGGGGUUGCAAAAAUGUCCAAUGUGAGGUUUGUAUUCUUUGUAGCUUGUAUAUUCCUCUGUGAAUUUGAUAUUUAUGGGAGUACUUUCAUCACUACUCUUUGUGGAGUGGAGUAAAUAAUUUUUCUGGCUGUUUUAAUGGACAUCAUACAAAUGUUAAGAGGUUGAUAUGAAAUUAAUAGUUGGUAGACAUCUAUUAUAUCAGUCUCAUGCUAACAUGAUGGGUAAGUAUUAUGGCUAUCCACCUUAUUUUUAUGCUGCGAGAGCAGGCAUAGCCAUUCAUAAAUUUUAUGGGUCCAGCUUACCUUCCUCAUCUGUGUCCAGCUAUUUUUAGCUGUACAGAACAGCUCAUUUUUUGUACUUUGAUAUUGCAAAUAGGUGUGUCUUACCAUGUUAUUUUAUUGUAUUAUCUUAAUUAUGAACACACUGGUUUGUAGUGCAACCUUGAAUAUUUCUUAAAAUGUAACCAUGUUAUACAUUUGGACUGUAUUUGUUAUAAUAGUUCUUCAGCAAUUAUUAUGCUUGUUAUAUUUGUAAUAUGUUAUCUGUAACAUCUUGUACUGAUUAUUACACAAGAAACCAUUUAUGUCUCAUGAUCAGGUCUGAUCAGUCAAUAGCUUUAUUGUAUUAAGACAUCACAAGUAAAAAAAUCAGACAAAUA